AAAAGGGGAAGAUCUUUAAAAAAAAAGUUGUGUUUCAUCUCUGACUGUGGAAGACUUUCACUGCGACCUCCAGCUCCAGAGUUUUACAUUUCACCACCAUUUCUUUUUACACCCAAAAUACUGUGCUGCUGCGAGUAUUUCACAUUGCUCCUUCUGCUCUGCGUGGAGAUACGUCCACCUCUCUCUCCUGCAACUGAGGACAUUUUUCUCUUCCUGAAAACUAAGAGUCAGACGCCGACACAGGAUCUCUACAUCAGAAGCAUCUCUUGCAACUCGACUGUCUCUACAACUUGGACAGGGAGCGUGGAGCCCUUCAGAGCAGCGCGUGUAGAAAGGGACUGUUCGUUUUUUGAGGGGGAGGAGGAGGUGACCUCAGGAAGACGCACUGGGAUCAGAGCGCUCCUGGAAGAGCUCCGGGAAGAAAAGGAGGAGGAGGAGGAGGAGGAGAAGAAGGAGGGUGCGUCACGCAGAGAAAGAGCAUCCUCCCAGCCUUGUCCCUCCUUACAUUCACACACCCUUAAGACCACAGGGCUUUAGUAAUCUUAUAAAAUAUCUGUAUUGGGGGCUCAUAUAAAUAUUUUACUUAAUUCAGCCCCUUGCAGCAACAUAAAGUAAGAUCUUAGUAAAAUUAAAAACUGAAAAAGUGCCUGAAGGCCAAGACAAAGUCAUCACUGGAUUCCACCCACAUAUAAAUCAUUAAAAGGAUAUUAUAGGACUAUUGUAGAGAUUUUUUUUUUGUCAGAGGCGCACACACACAUUCACACAGACACACACACGGACACGUACACACAGGACACCCCAGCACGCCGCAGCAGAAUGGAUCUCCCACCAGUCAGAGGUUUAUCUGAUGUGCCGUGAGUGUUGGGAGCACCUUGCCCCAGCCCCGGCCUGCAGCCCUGGUGCCACCCGGCCUGGCUCACCAGGAUGGACCCUGCUCAUUCCUUUAGGAUGGAGCUGGAUGGGCAGGUUCCAGUGCUGUCGCUCGACCAGAUACGUGCCAUCCGGGCCAACAAUGACUAUGUGGAUAGGCCCGUGGCGCUGGAACCGGCAUCACAGUCCGGAUUUUUUUAUGCUCACGAUGACCGUUACCCUCAUGGAGUCCACACUCAUCACUCCCAGCCCCCCUUCCAGUCUGCCCUGCCACGCAGCCAAAGUCAGCAGCAGCAAGCUCACCUGUCCCACCUGAGCCGUUCCAGUACCAUAAGCUCUUCCAUGUCUCGGACCAGUGCCACGUCAGACCAGCGGCUACUGGCAGGUUUGACGCCCUCUCACUCUUUGCUAGGUUCAGUUGUCCGUUCUCAACCUAAAGGGGAACUCAAGCCCGAUGCAUCCCUGGGUAAAGGCCUAACAGAGGAUGAGGCCGAGCUGGGCCUUCAUCUGUUCAUCUGCGAGCGGUGUGGUCGCUGCAAGUGCCAAGAGUGCUGUGCCCCCCGCCGCCUGCCUUCCUGCUGGGCCUGUGGACAGCGCUGUCUGUGCUCUGCUGAGAGUGCCGUGGAGUACGGCACUUGCUUGUGCUGCGUUAAAGGCUUAUUCUAUCACUGCUCCGCCCAGGAUGACGAGGAUAACUGUGCUGACCGGCCGUGCUCCUGUACUCCAGCCCACGCCUGUGCCCGCUGGGGCACUAUGGGGCUGCUGGCGCUCUGCCUGCCCUGCCUCUGCUGCUACCCCCCUGCCAGGCUGUGCCUUGCCCUGUGCCAGUGUGCCCACGACCGGGCCACCCGCCCAGGCUGCAGGUGCAGCAACACCAACACUGUGUGCCGCAAGAUUUCUGCCUCCAACCCUAACCCUGGUCAUCCCUCGCUCCGCAGCAAAGCUCUGGAGAAGCCGUUAUGACAGGCUAGGAUGGGGGCUAGGUAAAUCCAUUUCCCCUAAGCCGUGGCCAAAGCAACGCUGUCGCCAAUCAACAGUGCCACAGCUGACAUUGUGACAACAAUGCCAUUGUGACCCACCUACAUAUGACAAGCCAACCAACCAACCAACCAACCAUGAAGUGUUGUUCACCAUGUACCUUGAAUUUACUUCUUCUCCAGCUCAGGAGGGACCAAAGCUUUACUGUGCCUGUUCGUGUUGGAGACUUCAUGCCUAAAAACAAAAACUCAUCCUGAACGAAGAAGCUGUCGUGCUUUGCUGGACUGCCCUUCAACCUUAACCAAGACUUCCGCACAGAAAUCACCUCUCUCUGCAUUCUGUGGUGUGAUCUGGACGUUUUAAAAUCUAUUUAUUUAUUGUUGAACCUCCUUCCUCCCCGCCGUGAGCAAAGAGAACGCACAGACAUAGGCGAUGGGCCAGAGCAGGACAGAGAGACACCCGUAGUGAUGUGAAUGGUCUAUGCCAACAGAGUUUCUGUCCUCUUGAAAGAGAGAAUCAGAAGAAGCAUGAGAGACUGAGAACUUCGACCACAAUGGCAUUUAGAAAACUCCACAAAAGGCUGAAGAUGAAUGAAUGAAGAUACCAAUGUUCUGUUGCAGUGAAUAUCUGACUGGGACUGUGAGCAAAGCACCAAGGCAUAAAGUGAGAAUAAAGACACCUGUAACACACCCAUAACAACAGUUUGACACCAAAAAGGGACCAUGCACUGUAUGAACUGUGUGAACUUCAAUACUAUUAAGCUCAUUUGUAAAGGACAAGCACUGUGAGGUAGAUGGACAAUGUUUUCCCCAGCAGCCGAGAGCUGAAUGGGGGUUAUUUAACCAGAGGGAGGGUGCACCCAUUGUGACUAGGCAGCGUGAAUGUGUCUGUGUGUGUGUGUGUCCUCCUACUGUACAACAACCUGUGUAUGUAGAGCCCGUGUGUAUGUUGUUUUGUCAGCAGAAGAAGCCUCCCUUGUCUUAUUUUUAGCAACGCCGCUUCAGUGGAGCUCUGGGGGUCUGGUCGGGUUUCCUCCCAAAGUCAGUCUGUCGCCAACCUCCCUCCUCUGAACGACCUCCUUCACUGCCCCCCCACCCCCACCCCCACCUCCAUCAUUCUUGCCUCCUCCUGCUCCUCCAACCCAGUUAAUUCUCUCCUCCUGUCUCGUCCCAUUCUCAAAUCAAAUGUUCUUUUUCUGCAGACCAUCUCCCUGCCCCGCUCUCAUUCAUGCUGUCCAUUAGCACCUUGGUCCAGAGUGACUUAAGGUAGAAAAACAGUGGCUUUAGUUUCUUGAUUCACAAUAACACCGACUGAGCCUUGGUUGGGUUGUAACUGAAGUACAUCAUGCUAAGGAAAUGUGUUUCUACUCAAAAUGCAUUAGAGGUCCAGUUUCCAGAGAACUUUAAACUCAGAACUAAUCCAAACCUGGUCUCAGGGUUGCUGGAGCUCUUGGCAACCCAGUGUUUUGGGGAAGUGAGAUUUUGAGUUAAGCCGACUGACUCAAGGCGUAUUAUUCCCACACACCCAUAUAUCCCUCCUGACUCGUCUGUCUCUCCUCUUACGCUCAGAAGGCUAAAAGCCUCCAGUUCCUGGUCCACAGAGAGUUGAUCAAACAGGCAAUUAGCUUCAUGAUAGCUCUUAAUGGGCCGGAGAAGAAUGGAGCGUGGGAGGGAGGGAAGAGAGACGGGACAGGAUGAGUGGAGUUGUGGUGUUUGGCAGAUGGACAGCUGAUGGGGAAAGAGGGACGCAGGAUUGGAAAGAAAAAGGAGAGGUUGGGUGAAGUGAAGGAAAACGAGAGGAUGUUGAUGUCGCCACAAAGUCAGAUGGAGACCAUGAAUGUUCAACAGAAUGAGGAGUGUAGGUUUGUGUUUUGUUUUUUUUUAGGCUGAAAUGACUUUCAUUGCUUGUACUGAAGCUAUGCAGCAGUUCAGGUACACAAACAAACAAAUGAAACAACAGGGCAUGACUUAGCUAGGAAGGAAGGAAGGCUUCAGUGCUGAUGAAAGAAACAACACACACACAGCAUCA